UGAAGGUGGCAGUACUUACACCUGUUCUCCUACAGAAUCUGUCACCAGGCCCAAGUCUACUACUGUUCCAAAUUCUUCACAUUUGUUGAAUGAAGAUUCUCUUGAUAAGCCGGAAACCACAUCUGACCAGAAACUUUAUGGUACCACCUACCUCAAUCAACACUUACAACAACCUGCCGUGUACUGACAUGGGCUGUCUACCGAACUCUACUACCAUUUCAACUGUACAGUCAUUUCAGAUCUUCUCUCCAGUAUUUUCCUGUGAAGACUCUGAACUUCCAGCCAUGCCAUCAGUGUCUAAUCAGGUUCAACUGCCUCAACAUGUUGCCGACUUCAAGUCUCAAGACCAAAAUAUCUCAGAAGACAGUCAUGCAGCUGUAGACUUCCAAAACCUCUUGCCUCCUACUCUUACUAGUAUAAACGAACAAACAUUCACUACCGCUUCCCCUUUUCAAUCUAAUGAGGCCCAGCUUCCAUUGAAUUCUACUGCAACCUAUGAUCCGCUGCCUGUAUUAAACUUUGAAAGUUCAUUUAACUUACCUGUGCAAAAUUUCGAGAUGUUACCAAAUCUUGUAACUGCUGUUGAAGUAAACACUACAUUUUCACCAAUAUCAACAAUACUUACUGCUCCUCUGACAGCUGAAACCAAUUUCUCACCAAGUAUUUCUACAGAAUUACCUCACCAAUCUCAGUGUGACUCUGCACAGAAUGCUGGCACUAUUGGUGCUGAUAUUGAGCAAAUAUCUGAAACUGCUGUUGCAGUACUAGAUUGUUUAUCUGAUAAUGAAGGACAAACACAAAAUGUCAGUAAUGUAGAUCAUCAACAUCAACCAGUGCAAGUGACAGAGCUAGCUGCUUCAUCUUCAUCAUCUUCAAGCUUCUUUGACUCUUCUGCUAGCUCAGAGUUAAAUCCAUCACUAACUUCAGAACAACAAGAGGUUUCACCAGUUAUUGGUUUUGUCUCGUUAUCUAACUUUGCGACAUCACACAUCGAAGAUUGUGGAAUGUCAGUUCGUCGUGAUUUCAGAAUUCAACCUUCCAUGCUAUCUCAUUCAACAGAAUCAUCAUCAAAGUCUGCAAAUUCUGUCACACAGAAGUGUAAGCCAAGUAAAAAGCUCUGUGGUUUUGUUACUGGUUACCAGGAUUCUAAACAAACUAUAGAUAAUAGCUCAGUCCCUCUGGUAACACACAGUGAUUUGCUGUCUGAUUACAAAAGCUCUCAGUAUAGUAGUACAUGUUCUUCAGAUCCUCAGGUGUCUAAUAGCACCAACACCUCCAAAAGUGAAAGUGAUACAAUUGACUCAUUGGUGAAGCUAGCUGCGGACAAUACAGAAGAUGCUGCAUCAGAUGAGACUGUAGCAACUUCAGACUGGAAUACUUUAAAGAACGACAGUUAUGCUGAUGUCAAAGACAGCGGCUUUCUCAGCAUUGAAGAAAUAACGCCUAAAAAAUCUCCCAUGUUAACUGAUUCUAAAAGCAGUGAAUUUUCCAAAAAGUUUUCUGCCCUGGCUAAACCAUGUUCGGUGGUACUGGAAAAAACAGAUUUGCUUCUGGCUGGUUUCUCACACAAGGCUCUUGACAAACAGAACAUUUUUUCAGUUAAACGAGCUAACAGUACACUGAACAAGACUCCAGAAGCAGUUUCAAAGCCAAGACUUUUAAAACGUCUGUCAGACACACACAAGACAUUUCGGUUAGACUACAUACCCAGCGGCAACACAAACCGCAGGUUGACACCACGUAUGUCUACCUACAGGACACGGUGUAAAUGACAGCAAUGUUAAUGAUUGGAUAGACUACGGUGUGAUGGGUAAAGAUAGAUUAACCUGUGUGACAUUAUGGGUAAACUGCAGGGCUUGUGUGGCAGUGUGGCUAGAUGACGUAAUUGUAUGGUGGCAGGGUUAGAUAGAGCUGGCAGAUAGCAGUGGAACAUGUUAGUCUGAUUAGAUAUCUGGAUAUGCUGAUUUCCCUACUACCCAUCAAUAACCCUGUCUAUUGAUAAGCACUUUGAUAGUUUGUGGUCGGUCUGGGAGGAUAGAAGAUAUUCACAUAACUGAGUAGAUUGAUUGUACUUUUUAAUGUAACAGUGUCUGUGUAUACAGUAUUAUGGUUAAUCCAGCUGUAUAUAGACAGGAAUAUUGGUAGUGAUUGACCUUUACAUGUAGACAAACACAGAUGGAGUGAAAAAGAGAGUGAGACUGUUCCUAACAUGUUUAUCAGAAUCACCCCUCCCCACUUAUUGCUGCUGGUUUUCACAAAUAUAAUCACAAGGAUAUCUCCAUUAUAAUUGUUCUUGUUUGACAGUAUCCUGGGUGACUGUUAAUGUCUCCAUAAUAAAAUAUGCUGGUUAACAUUUGUUAAACGUUUGAUUUCUCAUCAAGCAGCUCAUGUUAGGUAUUUAAAUAUUUCCACUAAAUAACUUAAUGCUAAUUAGCAAUAUUCAUUUUUUUUUUUUUUUUUUUUAGUGAUGUCAUGGUUAACCAAUGUUAGCCCAUCACUGCAUUAAACGGUCACUGGGUUCCAGAUGUAAUUUUUUGGGGUGUAGUAUGGAGGGCAUUCUUUCUUUGAAUGAUAAUCUCUGAAUAAGCUUGCAAAAUGGGUUGAAAUUGGGGUGUGGUACUUGCCUCCACUGAAGUUUCCCUGGCAAAUAAUUAGCCAAUUAUAGUGGUUUUACCACCCCUGAGGAAAUAUAAUUCUGAAACUGAAGUAAUGUCUGAAUGUUAGCCUUGCAUGGGAAUCAAAUUUGCCACCACUGUGUUAGGAAAUUCAAUACUGUUACUGAAAUAAUGGAUUGAUUGUUGUUAGUCUUGUACUGAAAGAAUACAUCUACCAUUGCUGAAGGGUGAUUUGUUAUUGACAAUGAAAUAAUGGGUUGUUGUUAGCCCUGAGUUAAAGGAAAACAUCACCAAUGAUGGGGAAGUCAUACACUUAUUGAUAUUUAUGUGUCAUAAGUCCUCUGCUGGAAGAAAACAUCAACCACUGGCAGGGGAAAUUCAUCCUUUUGCUGAAAUUAUGGGUGAUUGUUAAGCCCUGUGCCGGAAGUAAACCUCGAACACUGCUUAAGGAGCACAUUUCACAGAAAUAUCAAUACAUAAAUGUUUUGCCUUGUACUGUAAAACUAAUAAUUAUCAGUGAAAUGAUAAUGACUAUAUUGCAUAAAUGAUAAUUUUAAUUUAAAGAAGAAGCAAAAAAAGAAUCUUUCGAGAAAUAAUAAAAAGAAAUAUUAACCUACUAA